AUGUAUUAUAAUUAUUACUCUCGUAUUCAUUAUGUCUAACCUUAAUAAUCACAAUAAUCUUACAAUCCAUAUCUUGUCUCUCCUAGAAUCUCUGUAAAAUAUUCCAUUCUAUAUUAUAGAUCAUACCUACUUCCAUUAAACAAAUGAAAGAUCCUAUAUAAAUACCCUAUAAUUAAGAUAUCAUGAAAGCUACUUAAAAGUGGCUUAACUAACUCGUCAUACUCAUUACAAAUAACGAUUAGAAGAUAUUUCUACUCUAUUUCAUAUAGAGUUAUAUCUUAAAUAUGAAGUUGGUUGCAUUUAUAGAGGAUAAGGAAUACCACUAUCAUAAAGACAUGGAAUAGGAGUUCUAAUUAUAUACUUAAAAUUCAGAAGUCUAUUCUGAAGAAUGGUUCAAUAAUCUUUAUGAAGGAUUUGGAAUUCUAAUCAAUCAAUCCCAAUACCUUAUUAAACAUAAAAUAAAUCCUUAAAAUUUAAAUACUAUUGAAGAUGGAAUACUUUUAAAUCAAAUAAAAUGUAUGGUGAAGGAAUACUAACACUUAAAAAUAAUUAGAAAUUUGUAGGUCGUUUUUAUGGUGAUUACAUCAUUCUUGGAAAUUGGUUUGAAGGAAUUUUAAUCUGAUAAUUUCUAUUUUACUGCUCCCUAUCUAAUUUACAUUUUCUAUUAAAAUUAUACAUAACUCUAUAUUUUUAUUAUCAUAUCAACAUUAUUCUCUUCUUUUUCAUUAUUCUCAUCUUGA